CCGACAUCGACCUCCUCGACAUCUUCGUAACGUCUGAUCAUGAGAACAUAUCCAAGCCACUCUUCUCGUCUUCGACGACGCGUAAUUUCAACCGCCGAGUACGCGUCCUCCGAAUCCGAUGUCUCCAGCGAAUCCGAAGCUCUCCUCGCGCCUCGAGGGGAGGAUAUCUUGGUGAAGUGGAAGAGAGGUGACCCGACUAAUCCUCGAAACUUCCCUGCAUGGAAAAAGUGGUAUAUUGUCGCAGCCGUGACUUUGUUGGAGGUUAUGAUAUCCGUCACCAACGGUCAAUAUAGCUCUGGAACCGAAGGCGUCCAAAAAGACUUCCACGUCUCCGAGCAGAUCGCAACCCUCGGCCAAUCCCUCUUCGUCCUUGGCCUCGCAAUCGGCCCCAUGCUCCUCGGUCCCUUCUCCGAAGUCGUCGGCCGCAAGAUCAUCUACAUUAUCUCCGUCAUAAUCUUCGGACUCUUCCAAGUCCCGUGCGCCUUGACCCACAACAUCUGGGUCCUCGUAAUCUGUCGAUUUAUUGCCGGUCUGGCAGGUUCCGUUCCUCUCGCCAACACCGGCGGUACGAUCGAGGACAUGUUUGACGAAGAAAAUCAAGGUAUGCCCAUGGCGAUCUUCUCAUCCAUGUCUACCGCUGGCCCUUCCCUCGGUCCAGUCGUCGGCGGGUAUGUUUUCAUGAAACUGGGGCUGCCUUGGUUCUUCUGGAUAUCAGCAGUUGCUUCAGCUGUGGUCUUGCUCGUACUACUUCCGACAUCGGAGACCCUCGCUCCAUUGAUCAUAAAGCGACGAGCACGAGUGAUCAGAAAGCGAAGAGGUAAUAGCCACAUCCGUGCAGCCGGCGGCGCCGAAGACGAAAAUAUCCUUUCAGACCUCAAAGACGGCUCCCUCCGCGCCUUCAAAAUCCUCUUCACAGAACCCAUCAUCUUCUCAAUGGCCCUGUACAACGCCUUCCUCUACUCCCUCAUCUACAUGUUCUUCACCGCCUACCCCCUCGUCUUCCAACAAAACUACCACUUCAACAUCGGACAAACGGGUCUCACAUUCCUUGGAUUCGCCGUGGGAUCAGCGAUUUCAAUUCUCGCACAGCCUCUGCAAGACCGGUAUUUCCGUCAACAAAAGGAGAAGAACGGUGGGAAGAGCGUGCCGGAGUCGAGGUUGAUGAUGAGUUUGGUCGCAUCCCUCGCUAUCCCGAUUGGUUUGUUCUGGUUCGCCUUCACCUCUGAUGGCAGCUUGUCACCCCUCAUCCCAAUCGCAGCCGGAAUCCCCAUCGGCUUCGGCGAAACAGUCCUCUUCAUCGGUAUCUAUAACUACAUAGCCGACGCCUACGCCUCCUCCGCUUCCACUGCCCUCGCAGCCGUCAACCUUCCCUCCCCUGCCGUUGGUGGAAUCCUCACACACGUCAGUAUCAUCGUGUAUGCAAAACUGGGGACGACAUGGGCCACAGCGUUGACGGGGUUUGUUAGUGUUGCGCUUGUCGGGGUGCCGUAUGGGUUGUUCUUCUUUGGGGAGAGGGUUAGGAGGGUGAGUCCGCUUGCGAAGGAGAUGUUGGAGGAGGAUGAUGACAAGAGCGAUGACGAGGAAGUCGGAGGGGACGACCAAGCAUGAACAGGACAAUGAAUGAACACUGGCAUGCUCUCUAUCGUUAUCUGGCUAGUAUCACCAUCUACAAGUAUUUGUCUGCGUUUUUAAGAGCAGGCCCCUUCACCCUAUUGGCCCCGGCCUUCCCCUUCAACCACCUCCAAUCCCCACUGGGCCUCCACCACCCAACCAAACUCCCCACCCACGCUCCGUACCAACAUCCAUACCCCGCAACUCUCUUUCCCGCAAGCAACAUCCACUUCAAGAAAAGUUGUCCGUAGAAGGGGAGGAAUGCCACUGCGUCG